UGGCCAAAAUAAUAUCAACGAUUCCAUCUGGUCAUCAAUUGUCCCAUUUUACCAUACGUCUAACAAAAACUCACGCAAUCACAUGUGGAUACGAUGGCAUGGUUUUGGUGCGUGAUACGGAAUUUCAGAAAGAAAUCGCUUCAUCGAUGGUGCAUCAUCGCAGAUUCGGUGGGGUAGGCAUCGCAUUCAUAGAUCCUUUGGAACAAUAUAUCAUUUCCUUUGGAAGAGAAUCCGUUUUUACUUGUGCCAAACAAGUGGGAAACGUUAUUUCCCUUAAAAAAAGGUUGGACCUAAUGGAUCUUAUGAAGUCUCCAGUUUUCCAGGCGAUUUUUAACAGAAAAACCAAAGGAUUUUUUCCAGAAGAUGGAAGAACAUGGCUACAGGUUGAAGAACAAAAAAGAUUUAAAGAAGAAAAGGCUAAAUGUAAGGAAUUAAAAGAGAAUAUUUUACUGGAUCUUAUGAAAAUCAAAAAGGUUAUUAGGGGUUUAAUAACUGCAAACAACAAAGGCCCAGAAAAUCAAAAGUUAGAACUUACCGAAUUCAAUUUGGAUAUUCAGGCUUACAAGGACAAAUGCAAGAAAAAUGACGAACUAUGCGAAAUUUUGACAAAAUACUACAAAACAUUGAUAAGUGAACAAGACAAAACCUAUGACUACAUUAAGGUCAACUAUUUUGAUACGAAUGUGGUUCUCGAAAGGCAACUGCAUGCAAUUUUUCAAAAGUGUAUUGUCACUAAUUAUGCCUUAUGUGCCCCCAAUACCGAGCAGAUGGAGGAGAAUAUCAAGAAAACUGAAUAUAUUAAGCUCGAAAAUAGAUGUAAUAUUCCAUUUUUUCCUUGGGUGCCACAAAGUCAAAGUGAAAUACAAAUGGUGCUCAGUGAAAAGCCAGUAAUGAACUUAGACACGUUAGCUUUAGAGGCCAGGGAAGACAUAACUGAAGAUACAAUUAUUUGCAUGGAUGGUACGCAAUCCUCACAGUUUAUUGAAAACAUGCACAAUGAUCAGUACCGUAUGUACACAUUGAUACAGUCAUACCAACAACAAUCUUUAAGCAUGAUAAAAAUAGAAGCACUAAAGGAAUAUUUCAAUAAGGAGUUUGACGCUCUUAUGGAUCAAAAAGAGCGCGAGAUGUUAAAUUUAAGGGACAAGCACUUGCGUCAGCGAAAAAUCAUUUCAGAAACGAACUAUUUUUCAACCAAAAAUAUAUUUCUCGACAUUGAAGAUCCCGAAUGGGCGAUCGAAGAGAAUCCGAAACAGUAUGCUCAAGUUUUCGAAUACGAAAUCAGGGUGACUCCAUACAUUUCGCCCAGCGAACAGCUCAUAUUGGACGCUAAAGCCGCCGAGGACGAGAGAAUUCGACUUUUAUUACUGGCCGAUGAUUUUAAAGAGCGCGCACUUAUGGCUAUGAUGAAUGGCGUUUUAGAAAUAAAAUGGGAGGACGAACUUAAAAAAGAUGUUCCCAUACCUAAAUGCAUGCUUGAAAAAGAUCCAAUGACUUUCAAUGAGGAAGAUUUGCGUGCUGUAAAGGAUUACGAGGAUAAGGUAAUAUUCCUAAACAGCGAAAGAGAAAGAUACAAAACAAUGUUGGAUAUUGAAUUCACAAAAAAUUGUUUAAACAUAAAAGACACAAUUAAAAGGUUCAACAAAAAAGUUUCCCAACUUAAUAUGCUUAAAAUGAAUGUGGAAUCGGCUAUGGUGCAGGAACAAAUGAUAAUUAGUUCACGCCGAUUAUGGCAUGUUAAAAUAAUGGACCUGGACAAAAAGAGAAUAAUUACAUUAGAGAAAAUCGCACAUACAGAAGGUAAAAUUGAAGAAUUAAUUAAACUAGUUAGAAGUUUAGAUGACGUUGUAAGGGAUAGCAAAACGAAAAAUGAGACCAUUAUGGGAAAGGACAAAUUAUUGGAAAAAAAUUUUAAACGAGAAAUUUCCGAAUAUGUACCCCUUAUUCAGGACAUGGCAUUAAAAUUAUAUAAAAAACGACCCAAAGCAUCCUACAAACAAAUAACAAGUGCCACAAUACUAUCCGAAUUAAGCAGGUGUAUAACUAGUGGAGAACGAAGCGUUGGACUUAAUCAAGAUGGUUUGGACUUUCUUAAUUCCCUUGAUCAGUUGGAUAGUGGAUCUCUUAUGACGCCAAACAUGGACGAGCAUAUUUAUGCAAACGUUUGUAAAUCUCGUCGAGCAAAGAUUGAACUCGAAAUUAAGUUAAGGGCGGCCGUGCUCGAACUAAAUUAUAUUGAAACGAUCGUUCAGCUUUACAAUAAAAGAUUGGCAUACAAAAAAGAAUUGCUCAAUCAUUUGCAUAGCGACUUUAAUGAAGCGCGAAAAGAAAAAAUCCAUACAACAUUUAAUUCUGUGAUUCAAUUGGUGGUCAGAUCUGGUUAUGUAGAGUUGGCUCUAACGGGGUCUGUGGAUGAUUUUGAUGAUGCCAUUAUAAUUACAAAAGAAGAGGUUGAAAACAUUAAUAGCUAUAUUGUGGCAAGUGGAAAGAAAAAACUUGAUAUAAUGGUAAAAAAUAUGUCGUUUCAUAGAAAAGUUAUGGAUAAUGAAUGGCGUCAUGUUCGAAGGCGGAUGAUUAUAAAUGAUUUAUCAGAACAAUUAGGUGAUGUAUUGGAUGUUAAGCUGUCUAAAGAAAUUCAAGUUUAUCUCAAACAAAAAUCCCUAGGGGGUAGUUUAAAAACAAACACUCUGGAGAUGGAAAUGGAACAACAAAAACAUGCUUAUAUGUUGCAAAUAAAAGAUCUACAUAGGGACAUAAAUAAUUUUGGAAGGCAAAUGUCUAUUAUGAAAGAAAGGGAUGAAAUAGUUAAGAAGGAUAUUUUAAAUGCCAAUAUUGCGAUAAACACAUUAAAAACGCAAAUUGACCCAACAAUAAAUCAAAAGGACUUGCGUAUUAAACGAGAAAGGAUGAAAACAAUUGUUCAAAGGAGAAAUAUUGUGCAGCAAAUGCAGGACAACCACGAUAAAAUCAUGAUACUUCAAACUGAAUUGGAAUUAUUACGUCUUAAAACAUACCCAACAUUCCAAUACAAAGUUCUUCACAAGUCUUAAUUUUGUUGUAUACAAUUUUUUUUAAUAAAUGCAUUAACAUAAUUUUUAUUAUAAAUUCACAAUUUACAGUUCUCUAAAUGGUCUUUUUUU